GGUGCGCCGCUCUAUACAGGGUGACGAAAAAUUGUGCAAUGAGCCCGUUUUGACAGCGUACGCACCAAAAGCCUAUAUAUACGAAGCCGCCUCCUUCGCCGCAUCACAGAUAUCACAGCAAGCGCCGUGUAACAAUCGAGAUAUCUAGUCGGCUCUGAUCGAGUGACAGUGCGCGGUCAAAAUGAAUACGGUCACUGUGUGUGUGUUCACCUUGGUUUUGGUGAUGAGUGUACAGAACGUCUUCGCCGGACCCAGAUACAGGGUCAAGCGGGUCUCGGACGCCCAUCUGGCGGACCUCCAGUCCAGAAUAGCCCUCAACAAUAAAAUCAAAGGCAUCUCGAUUACCAUGCCGGUGGGAGGCGGCCGGAUCGACCCCCUCAGGAUAGGGCGAAGGCGCCGAUCGCAGUCCAGAUUUCUUGACGUGCUUUUCAACCAAUCGGAGGAAGAUAAGGGUGACCCUGUCGAGCUGAACGAUUACGACAGCCUAAUCCAGAGAUUAAGGAACUUCGAAUAAUCUCGUUUCGUUUUUUUGUGAUUGGUUGUGAGAGUUUUUAUGAUAGAAGAGUGUAUUGUAAAUUAUUUUAACAAACAGUAUUACCUAUUACUUAAGUAGCUCUAUUCUAGUCCAUUAUUUAUUUUAAUUUAUUCUGUUUUGUAAUCUCGGGCCUGAGGGCCGUUUUGUACGAUUGUUUGCACGUUAUUGUUAUUUUUUUACGACAUUAAAGAACUAGAACAGUU